GUUCUGUGGAAAAUUUCUUAGGGUAACUGGACUUGUGAGGCCAUAUUGCCUGUACCCUUCUACUUAGAAGGAUGAAACCUAUUAUUUUAUUGUUAGUGUGCAUUCAGGUGUUCUGCUGUAGAGCAGCGCCUCCGCAGUCCCAGGAGCCUCCGCUGACCUCCAUUCCUUGCACUGAUCCUGGAGCAGAAGCUGCUGCCGAUUUGUCUUUGCGCCAGCUAAAUGCAAACCGCAGAGAGGGCUUCGUGUUUGGGCUGAAGCGCAUUUCCAGCGCCCUGGAGCAAUUUGAGGAGAGAAGCGGCGUUGUGUAUUACCUGACACUGGAUGUUUUGGAAACAGAAUGCCAUGUUCUGAGCAGACGGGCAUGGAAAGACUGCGAACCCAAACCAAACCAUGAAGCAGUUUUUGGACAGUGCAAAGUUAUAUUUCACCUUAACAAACCAAUGAGGAUAGCUCACCUGUACAGCUAUGAGUGUGCCUUGAGACCAGUUGCCCGAGGUGUUGGCGGGUGCCCUGGCUGUGUCUUUUCCCAACCCAAGAAUCAUAGCAGUGUCCAGGAUAUUGUCAACAAAGCAAUUGAAAAAUACAACAACCAAAGUGCAUACGAUAAGUAUUUUACUGUUGGAAACAUCACAAAAAGCACAUCACAGGUAAUUGCUGGAACUGCCUACAAGGUGGAAUUUACAAUUCAUGAAACAUCUUGUAACAAGUCUUUGUCAGCUGAAGAGCUGGCACUUUGCAAGCCCCUGGACUGUGAAUUUGCACACACUGGCUAUUGCAAGAGCCGUGGCUUAGCACACUGGAGCCGACCAGAUGAUCCAUAUGUGACAGUCACCUGUGAUAUAUUUGAACCAGAGGCCGCUGCUAUUGAAGAGCAGAACCAUAAGAAAGGUCAUAAUGAAGAAAAACCUGAACGAAGUCCUGGAAAAAGUGGAGAAAAACAUGGGAAGAAACCAGAACGCUCUUCUCGCAAACAAAACAACAAGAAGGACCAUAAACAUGACCAUGACAACAGCGAAAGUCAUGAAGAUGAGCAUAACCAUGAUCACCUGCACCCCCACGAACAUCAUCACGGCCAACAGGGAAAUAGCCCUGCACCAGAAUCUGCAGCGACCGUUGGCAAAAUUGUAUAUCUAGGUAAUGAAGAAGAGCCCACACCAACAGCCGCAAAUAGAGAGAAGAAAGCCAAAAAAUCUGAUGGUGAUAAAACUAAACAAGAGAAACCAAAGGGCCCUAAAGGAGAAAAAUCACCACCUGGACUUAAAUUGCCAAAACCAUAUAUACGACCAUUCCCUGCAGAAGCCUCAACAUCGGACCGGUGUCCAGGGCCUGUCAAGAACAUUGGUCCACAACCUGUUGCCACAGAACAACCCACAGCAAUUCCAAAGUAAAUACUCAAUGACGUUCAUAACAAUCCUGUUACGUUACGUAUGUUUCUUGCAAACCAUGGUUUCACAUGUUUGCAUAAAAAUGUACAAUGCAUUACCUUUGUCCACAAAAAUCAAAGUAGUCUUUUACCUAGUAGUUUACCUAGUGUUAACCGACCAAUGAUUUGUAGGAUACUAUGGUAUAUUUGGCAUGGCACAAUGCUUGGUGGUCACAAACAGGUGGAACAAGCAUUAAAAUGUUCAUGAAUAAAAUACUAUAUUUACA